AUGACAACAACCACCAACGAGGUACCUACAAUCACCACGUUUGUGAGGCGAGAUGACAUGCCCUCGCUCAGUGAUGAUAUGCCAACACUCAGCUCUUCUGAUUCUUUCACAACACCGUCUAUUGUUGUUCCUUCCAGCAAUGACAACCCAUACAUUCAACGUCAAUACAAUCCUAGUGGCAGUGUUUUCAUUGCCGUUGGAUGUAUAGUUGGGUUCAUCUUGUUGGCUUUCAUCAUAUACCAUCUUUUCAGAUCAAUGAGAGCUUCGAGACUUGCCAAGAGAUCGUGGACUGGGACUCAGAACAUAGAGGAAAAGCGCCACAACAGUGGAUUGUAUGGAUUGACACCCACCGGCACAUCUGGAUUGAGCACACUCAAUACUGAGUAUCGUCUGUCGGUGGCCAAGUUGCCGCUUUUGAACCACCAGCAUAACAAGUCACUGUUUAGUGGACUCGAUGUCGGUGACAAUUCCACGUUGUAUGCGUCGGAGGCCGGAGCCACCAGAAACGAUCUCACCAAUAUGUUCAUUUCUCCCACUGCUGAAGUCAUGGCCCAUAAGCGUAACAAAUCCACCUCCAACUUGUCAUCCUUGGGAGGUUCUACGUCCAAUUUCAACAGCGUACUACCUGCACCAGCCACCAACAGGCACUCUCAAAUCGUUCCCAGUCUCUACAUUAACAGCGACACCAACAACAGUGAUAUGGCGUUGAGUUCCAAGCAGUCUGAAGCAUCGGUGCAACCCAGGGCUACACCAGGACGGGCCAACAAAACUACUAUUCCUAGUGUGUACCUCGACGACUUGAUUGAAAAAUGA